CAAAAUCCUAACCGAUGUCGCCUCCCAUCUAGCAACACAUUGGAGUUCAAUAACAUAUGAUAACGCUUCGUUCAUCACGGAUAGAGCUAAUCGAAGGAAGGGAUGGACGAAGGGAUAGAGAGAUGAGGGCGUUCACAAGGAAGUAGCACUGAACCGAACCCAUCCAAAUCCUAACUUUUGAACAAUGCUUGCAAAUCGACAGACGAAUGCUCAAUUGAGAC